UGCGACGAUGAAUUUCCAAUACACGGAAGAAUGUGAAGAUCCUGUGCACAUUAUAGAACUUAAUAUUACACAAAGGAAGUACAACCGUACCACACAUGUAUUAGACUUUACUUUGAAUACACCUUAUGGUUAUGGCGAUUUUAUGACGACGGAACUACAAGGCGCUGUAAAAAAACAAGGAGGGUACAAACCAGGCGUCGCGAACAUCAAAGGACCGGCAUGCUCGCUGCUCUAUGUUUUAAUGGGAGAUAUAUUACCAGCAAUCCUAAAUGGUGCUGGCGUCACAGAUUGCCCACUCCCUCCGGGAAAUUAUUCACUUCUAAACUUCUACUUCAAUCAUGAAAUAUACAAUGUACCACAAUUGUACGGCGAGUAUAGAACAAAAGUGAUGUACUUCAUUGAAACGAAAAUGGUAAUGUGCAAGUACUUGUACUACGAAAUGGUGCCCAGGUCACAGUGAUUGUCCCAUUACAGGUGGGAGACCCUAAAUUGUUCUGCAAGACUCUUGUUCUUAACUUAAUAUAUUUAUGCCAUGUCAAUACAAACAAAUUCAAAUGUACUUUUAUUUAAGUAUUUUUGUUUAAGUGAAGGUUUAUGUGUACUUUCUAUAGUUUAAAAAAAUCUAGAGUCCGUUUGAGAGCUAUUUUAAAAUUGUCACUGUUUCGUUAAAAUUGAAAUAGGAACUCGAUGGAUUUUUUUCAGAAAUUUGGAAUUGUCGAGUUGAUGACGAAAAAUGCUAAUGAAUUUUGUAAACAAAUUAAUAAUAAAUUCAAACACAAAUUUUAAAUAUAGUACUAGAAUAACUCAAUAUUUUCAAAAU